AUGCCGAAGCGAUUCAUUUUACUGCUGAUCAGCGUUCUGCCAGUGAUUUUCUACCAGAUUUGGCAAACAAAGGCAAAAGAAUGCAUCGAUAUGAAUGUGCAUGCAAGAAAAGCUAUCAGCUGCUGCCGUUACGGAACAUUCUGCACUGAGGCAGUGGACGAAAAGUGCAACCAAGAGCUAAGACCUCAGAUGCCGCCGAAUACACCCAACUUUACGGUGUGUUUGCUAGAUUGCACCUACCGGGAGAUGGGAUUUCUCACGGAAAGUAACGAAAUCGACUUACAAAAGUAUGCUGCGUAUCUUUCCCUAUUGGAUAAGAACCAUCGAAUAGUGACCUCUGGUGCUGUUGGGAAUUGUGCGGCAAUUGAGAAGGAUAUCCUGCGAGAUGUGGAAAACAUACCGUCAAAGUGUAGCGCAUUUGCACUACUGUUUCAUGCAUGUGUCAUAAAACUUAUCUCCAUAAACUGUCCAGUUGAGCGGUGGAAAGCUACCGAGAUUUGCAAAGAGGUUAAAGAGGGCAUUUCGAUGUGUAACUCAUAA